AUGAAACUUUGGGGAUUAUUUAAGCAACUUCAACUGUUGGAGCUCGUAGAAAACAUUGCAGAUAAAAAGUUUCCACUUUCAACGUUCGGUGAAUAUCUUUGCAUGCAAAGUUGGCAUUCAAUACUUGAAGCAAAAGCUUUUUCAUUGAUGGAAAUUCAAUCUAUUUGCAUAAAUACAUACUUCAAGUAUAAGAGAAUGUUUGUAUCCAUUAGUGACAUGUGA